AUGUACCAAUUCGACUUGUUUGUGGCGCUUGCCGCUCUGGUGCCAGCUGUGUUGGCACAGUCUGCCAGCCCAUGCGAGAAAGUCAACGAUCAACAGGCCGCAGCGCUAUUGAAGUUGGAUGAAUCUGUCAAUCCGUACAACUAUCAGUACCUGGCAUUCUUUGACGCCGAAACGGCUUAUCAAUGCGUUACUUCUAUCCCCAUCAACAACAUUGAAGUAGCGGCGAUGAUCGACAUCGACAAGAAGUUUCUCGCUUUAUACUCCACGAUCCCGUUUUUAAAGAACCCCCCCAAAUCAUACCAGCAGCCUUCAAUUGAUGUCUUGGCUCGGCUAGAUGAAAUUGCAGAGAAGGCAAAGGGGGGCAAUUAUUCCAACUACAACCAAUUCGAACUCGAUAUUUCGGCGAUCAACCGAGGCGUAUACGAUACCCAUUUUGGUAUCAGCAAUGGUCCUACUGGCGUGAUUUCUUACAGCCUUCCAUAUGGCCUCGUCUCGGCUUCCGUCGAUGGAAAGGAACUUCCCCAAGUCUAUGCCCACAGCGACAUCAUUGACAAAGUGUCAAACCCCUCCCACAUUGUCGAAAUCGAGGGCGAGAAUGUUUUUACCUACCUCCAGAAAUACGCAAAGACCAACGCAGUGACGAAUAUGCUUGAUCCCCACGCCGAAUGGAACCAGCUGAUGUACAAUGAGGCUACCCAGUUUGGCUCUUGGGCCGCGGACAUUAAACAGAGUAUGACUCUCGGUGGUAUUCAGACCACGACGAUCUACAAUGGCAAUUCUCUCAAAGGAAAGUUCUCCAACGGAACCCAGUUUGAAUGGAAAUACAUGGCUUCUUCCGCAGCCUCGUUCAAACGGGCCAACAUCACCAGUGGCGAGGAUCUCUUCACUUUAUUUGGCCUCGCCGACAAGGAGCAGCAAGAUCAGCAAGAGGCGAUUAAAAAGCGAGCCCUCGACAACCAGACCACCACAACGCCUCAAUAUGUGCCCUACAGCAGCUACCCGAAAAAUCCCAUCGUCACUCAGGCCAACUUCACGCGUGGCGGCGUCGUGUCAGGGUACCUGCUGUCGGAGAACUCCACUGCUGUACUCAGCCUUCCAAGCUUCUCAUCGCGUGACGACUAUACCGAGAGCGCUGAAGAAUUUUCCGUGGCUGUAACGGAGUUCAUCUCCGAAGCUCGGAAAGCCGGUACCAAAAAGAUUGUCAUCGACCUCUCAGGUAACGGUGGUGGUAAUAUCAUGCUGGGAUAUGACGUCUUCAGGCAGUUCUUUCCGAAGAAAAAUCCCGAGGCCUUGUCCCGCUCUCGUGCUACUCCUUUAUUCGACCUGCUGGGUCGUCUCGUCGAACAAUCAGGGAAACUGGUCGAUGGUAGCCCUGAAACUGAGUUUCUCCAGCAGUUGCAAGCGGCGUUUGCCAACGCGGGAGACUUGAACACCAACAACACCCUCACUGCCGAUGGUAAGCACUGGACGUCGUGGAAAGACUUUGCCGGGCCUCUUGAGAUCAAUGGGGACAACUUCACAAAGGCUUGGAAAUAUGACAUGUCGCUGCCAGUAAACUACGCGCCGUUUGAAACCUACAACAUAACGGGGUACGGAACUAACGAGGCAACAUAUGACGAAGCAUUCUCCCCUAACGACAUUAUCAUCCUCUAUGACGGCUACUGUGGAAGUACUUGUUCCAUAUUCAGUAACCUGAUGAAGAAUGUUGGUGGCGUCAAGAACGUCGCCGUCGGUGGCAUUCCCCAAAACGGACCCAUGCAAGCAGUUGCGGGUACUCGAGGAAGCCAAGUAAGGCAGCACGACUCCAUGGCCCAAGUUGCAGAACUGGUCCGGUCGGGGCUUUUGGACAGCAAGAACGGAUCACGGGAAGCACUACGAUCGGAGCUUGGUCUUUCCUUAGCGCAGGUUGAGGAUAUCCCAUCCACUAGCCAGGCACCAUGGAGGGUUGGAAUGGCCCUCAAUAUUCUCGACCAGGUGUCCACAGGUAACUUGGAGGUUCCAUACCAGUUUGUCUAUGAGGCGGCCAACUGUCGGUUGUUCUACACAAUCGACAUGAUCCGCGACGUCACUGUGCUCUGGGAAGCCGCCGCAAAGGUUGCUGGAGGAGAUACGUCGGCUUGCGUCCCUGGAUCAGUGGACGGUCCUGGAUCUGAGCGCAACAAGCCCCUCGUCGAAUCCCCGGGAUUCUCGCACGAGGAUAUUUGGAAAAACGCCAAUUCCACUAAGCUCUUGGCGGUUAACAAUACGAGCGGUGGCGGUAAUGAUGAUUCAGAGUCAUCGGCUUCUCGAAUGACGAUGGCGGGAAGCGUGUUUGUCGUUUCAUUCUUGACGGCUUUGUUGCUAUAG